AAGAGAAGAAUCUUUAACCCCACCUGAUACUCAAAGUGUUAAUCUAGAAGAAGCCUCUUUAUCAUCUACUUCUUCACCUAAAUUUAUCCAAAGGGUCUAUAAAACUUUGGUAUCUUAUAGUCCUCGUCGAACUACAUCCUCAUCUACUUCAGGAACAUACCAGGAUGAUACUCAUUCUGUAAUUACAGAAACUCCAAGUAUAGUUGAAACUGCAUCA